AUGGACUCGGCCGUUCCCACUGUCCAGCCUCGAGCCCAGCCACCGCCACCCGACGUGUGUCCGCCGCUGGGCUCCGAGGAGGAGUACUAUGACUGCCCGGAUUACUACUACUUGCGCGACUUCCCAGCCUGCGGGGCCGGUCGCAUUAAGGGCCGGACGCGGCGUGAGCGAGAACUGCGCACCAACUGGCUGGUGCCCGGCGGCCACGAGCGCAAGAUCGCGCAAAAGCUCCUGAACAGCCAGCGCAAGCGUCGCCAGCGCCAGCUGCAGCCCCGGCCGCGCACCCGUCUCACCUGAGCGCCGGAUACCCAUACCCAAAGGACCUGAUAUAAGUAUUUUCUCUGACUCCAGCUGUAAUUGUGGUCCUAAGGGGAGCAGUCCAUGUUGGUCAGCAGAAC